CAAUCACAUGGAGAACAAUCGGCCUUCGAUCCGAUAGUAUGGCCUUCACAGGCCUUAAAUUUGGUUUCAAGCCCAGCGAAACUUGUUUCACAAGAUGAACAAAAUGAAUCAAUGUUGCAAACCGAGAACAAUCAACAAUUCGUUUCUACCAGUGGUUCCAUAUCGUCUUAUUUAACAUCCAUUUUUAAUGACGCUAAUUUACUUACACAAUCGAUCUCCGACCAAAACCCUCACGGUAGUCAACCAAACUUGGAUACCUCUGAAUUGAUGAUAGCUCAGUCCGUUCCACCUGAUGCAUUACAAUUUUUUACGGAGACUGCAGCAGCUUUAAUCCUGAACGACGGACGAUCCAGUUCUGGAUCCGUUAAUUUUGAACAAGGGAAUUCAUCAUUUAAUCUAAUUCCUCGUGAUCAGAUAGAUUCUGAUUUUUCAGAUUUAACACUCAAUGCGGAUUCGAUGGUUUUACUUGAUUUAACUCAUGGGAACCCGCCUGACGCCAAUUUAAUCGAAUCUACGUGUGACGACGAGCCAUCUGGAGCAAGUCCUAUUGAUCUGCAAUUUUUAUCUACGCAGUAUGACACAACACUUGGCGAUUCAUCAUGCACCAGUUUAAUGAUACCAACUCCAGAGAUGCGGUCAACAUCGGCAACUCUCGAUGACGAGCAACUUGGCCUCCAAGAAAACGAACAAUUUCUCAAUACCAGAUCCGAUUUGAAUUCCAUCUGCGAAUUAACAUUAAAUCUUCCAAUUAAUAGCUUGAAUUCGGGAAUCGAUCUUCAGCACAUUUCCAUGGACAAUAGCAAGAAUGAACAGAUAUCACAAGUUUCUUCGGAUAAUAAUGGAUUCAUAUGCAAUUUCAGCAGGACCUACCGCGAAUGUCGAGAUUUCAGCAAAAUAAAACCCAGCGCAAAAAGCAACAAAUUUGUCAAAAGCAGUAAGAAAAUCCGGGACGUUACGAAAGUCUCAAUGAAAACCUAUAAAGUGAUUAUGGAUUUAUUGUCUAAAAUGCCCGAGACAAAUUACCGACCUAAACCUGUAACACCUAUGAAAGAUUGGGUUUAUGAACCACCAUCAUAUUGUGUUAACAUGUGCGAUGUGGAGUUCGCAUAUCUAGAGAUCACCAAGGACAUUGAACGAGAAACCGAAAAUUAUUGCUAUACGAGAUUUGAAGAUCAAGGGAUGACGCAUGUCUUCAACGAAGAGCCGUCACUAGACUAUAAUCAAGGUCGAUUCUUCCUUUCAAGUCUUAACGUUCCAGAGAUAGCAGAUAUUCCGGAUUUUUGCUACACCAAGUAUAUGGAUUUCGGAAAGCUUGCUCAAGUGGAUGUAGAUACGCGAGAUUUGAAUUACAUAGAUCAGGGCAUCUACAAUUCUUGGUAG